UUGCUGGACUGGGACAUGGGUAACGAGUGCUUCCUGUCCUUUACCACAUCACACCUGUCCUUGUCCACGCAGAAACUUGCCAAAUACAGACUACGAAUAGUUCACCCACCAAAACUGCCUUUGGAAAAAAAACUCAACCCUGAUAAAGAUGGUCCAGACAUUGAACCGAAUCUGUGGAUGUGGGUGAACCCGAACAUUGUGUAUCCUCCCGGCAAGCUGGAGGUUGCAAGACUUAAAAAAGAGGACCUGCCUGGUUCCCAGCCAGCUCUGAAGGAGGAAGAAGCUCCAGGGGGGUGGUCGGGGCUGCCUUCCUCCAGCCAGCCCCCACCUCCUCGAAAGCGGAAGAGGAAGCAGAAGGAGAAGCAUGUUGUCUCUUCCCCUAGGGUCUGGGAGGAGCAUACAGAAGAGGAGCAGGCCAAGGACCAGGAUGACAGCUCCUCUGUGGCUCUCCCAUCCCUUCCCACAAGGGCCCCCAUCCAGAGGAGGCUUCUCCAGCAAGCCCUCAGCCCGGAAGGGAGGCUCUGGUCCCGACCCCCCCUCAAUUACUUCCAUCUAAUUGCCUUGGCACUCAGAAACAGUCCCCCCGGUGGUCUCAACGUUCAGCAGAUCUACAACUUCACUCGAGAACACUUCCCAUUUUUCCGGACAGCUCCAGAAGGCUGGAAGAACACAGUCCGUCACAAUCUCUGUUUCCGAGACAGCUUUGAGAAAGUGCCGGUCAGUAUGCAGGGUGAGGCCAGCAUUCCGCCUCCUCCUCCUCGAUCCUGCCUCUGGAAGUUGACUGAGGAGGGACACCGCCGCUUUGCGGAGGAGGCCCGCACCUUGGCUUCCACACGGCUGGAAAGUAUCCAACAGUGCAUGAGCCAGCCAGAUGUGAUGCCCUUGCUCUUUCACCUUCAAGAAGAAGCAGACAUGUUCUAA